UGAGCAUGACAUAACUUAGAAUAACGUUGGCGCGAAAAUCAAUUUGCGGGAAGUAAACAAAAAGGAAAUUAAUCAUGCCCACUGUAAAACCUAUGCGUUAUGCCCACAGCGAUGGUCAUACUGAUGUAUGCUUUGAGGAAAGUGGAAAGUACAUGCUGACAUGUGGUCAAGAUGGAGAUGUUAGAGUUUGGGAAGGAAUUGAUGAUGAUGAUGCUGUUUCUCACAAAGUUGGUGACAAAGCAUUUGCAAUUGUAUUUAAGAAUAAUCGUAUCAUAACUGCCUCUGACUGUAACACUGUUCAGGCAUAUACAUUCCCUGAAGGAGCUCCAGAUGGAAUAUUGACUCGCUUCACUGCACCUGCUAAUCAUCUGGUUGUAAAUAAAUCCGGGAAGAAACUAGUUGCAGGAGCAAGUGAUUUUGUGAUAAAGAUUGUUGAUACAGAUACAAGUAACAGUAAGACAUAUUCAGGACAUGAGGCACCUGUUCUUAGUGUAGCUCUUGAUCCCAAAGAAGAAUUCUUGGCAUCAUCAAGUUGUGAUGGAACUGUCAAAAUAUGGAAAAUUGAUGACCCAAAAGUAGUGAAAUCUUUCAAUGUUAUAUCUAAAUGCAGUGAUGUCAGUUUAUCAAAGACUUUGUGUCGUUUGUGUUGGGAAAAACAGAAAGGAGAGUUUUUAUAUAUACCAGUAGAAAAGGAAAUACAGAUAAUUGAGAGAAACACAUGGAAUAAAAUUGGCAGCAUUACAGAUGAUAAUUUCUCGGGGAUUUAUUCCAUUUUAUCAAUGUCACCAGAUGGACAGUACUUAGCAGCCGGUUGUUAUGAUGGUAAUAUUCUGGUAUUCCACAUCAGUUCAAAGACUUGUGUUGACAGGUUCAAACAUGAUAAUGGCUUCACUAUUACAGCUUUGGCUUGGAAUCCAAAUGGUAAACCAGAGAUAGCAUUCUGUGAUAUGGAGGGCCAGCUUGGAAUGCUAGAAGAUUUGACACUGGACAGUACAGGGAAGGCCAAAUCAGAAACAAGAGCAAAAGAAACCAUGGGAAUAUUUGAAGAUGAAGAUGAUGACUUUCUCAUUCAAGCAACCAAUGAAAAGUUAGCAGAUGAUAAUGACCAGCCAAUGGAUGAAGACAAUGAUAGUGAUGUAGAUACGCCUAUGUCUAAAUCCAGACCACUUCCUGAUUUAGAUGACGAAGAUUCAAGAAAGGCAGGUUCAGAUGACGAUGAUGCUUCCAGUGCGAUAUCAGAACCAUUAACAAUACCUAAACCUGUGGUACAUGUGGAAGGCUUUAAACCCACUCCAAUGCAAGGAUCAUUUCAGUCAGGAUCAACACCUGUUCAUCUCUCAAGCAGAUACAUGAUCUGGAAUUUUAUUGGUGUUAUAAAACAGUACAACACAGAAGAAGAGAAUUCUAUUGACAUUGAGUUUCAUGAUACAGCAAUACAUCAUGCCAUGCAUGUGACAAAUACUAGUAAUUAUACCAUUGCUGAUAUGUCAUCAGAAGCUGUCGUCCUAGCAAGUGAAAGUGAUGCAGAUAAUCCAAGCAAACUAACCUGUUUACAUUUUGGUUCCUGGGAUAGCUGUAAAGAAUGGUCAAUACAAAUGCCAGAUAAUGAAGAUAUACAGGCAGUUACAAUAGGAGAAGAUUGGAUUGCUGUAGCAACAUAUUCCAGAAAUGUCCGACUGUUUACAAUAGCAGGAGUUCAGAAAGAAAUGUUUAGUAUACCAGGUCCUGUUGUAUGUCUGGCUGCUCAUACCAACCAGUUGAUGGUCGUAUAUCAUAAAGGAUUAGCUAUUCCAGGAGACCAGUGUCUUGGAACAAUAUUAAUGACUAUUGAGGGAAAAAGACGUAACAUUCUGAAUGGUGAACCUCUUCCUCUGUCUCCUAAGUCAACUCUGGCAUGGAUGGGAUUUUCUGCAGAGGGAACUCCUUUCCUUAUGGACUCAUCAGGUAUAGUUAGAAUGUUCAAUAGACAUUUUGGACCCAACUGGAUACAGGUAGCCAACACAAAGUCACAUACAAAAGGCAAGUCAGAUCAUUACUGGAUUGUUGGAGUUAAUGAAAACCCACAACAGCUCAGAUGUAUACCAUGUAAAGGAUCUAGAUACCCACCUACUUUACCUCGUCCUGCAAUCUCAGUACUACCUUUCCAGUUACCAUUGUGUGAAAUGCAUACAGAAAAAAGUCAAUAUGAGGAAACUUUCUUCAGAACUCAUCUAUUCGCUAACCAUUUUGAACACUGGACAUCACAGGGAUUUGAGUUUGAUGAUGGAUUGAAACAUGAAGCAUUAAAACCUUCACAAGAGGCUCUAAUGAAGUUGUUUGCUCUGUCAGCCAGAUCAGAGAGAGAAUUCAGAGCAUUGGAAGUCUGUGAGAUGAUGCCAGAUGAACACACUCUACAGUUAGCUAUUAAAUAUGCUAGUCGACUAAAACAUAUACAAUUGGCAGAGAGAAUCAGUGAGUUGGCAAUGAGAAAGUCAGAAGAAGCAGCACAAGAAGAAGAAAUUGAAGAAGAGCAAGAAGAUUUCAGAACAGAAUUGUACAAUCAACAUAACCAUGUAGAAACAGAAUGGUCACAUACAAAUGGUAAUUCACAAGAGGAAGAGGAAGAGCCUUCAAUAUCUGGUCCAAAAUUGAAUAUUAAAGAGAGAGAAGAAAAACCUGCAAGACCUUCAUUUUUGUCACAAGGAAGAUCAAAUCCAUUCAAGGUUUCAUCCUCUCAACAAAAGUCAAAUGGAGGAAGCAGUCGAGGAACACAAGUCUUUGAUGCUAUGAGUAAAAAGAAACCAGUUGCUCCACAAGUCAUCAUCAAAAAUUCUAAACCUGUACUGAAAAAGAGUUCAUCUUCACAACAAAAAUUGUUAUCAGCAAAGAAAUCUGAUAAAGAAGAAAUAUCUAAAACUCCAACAGCCACAAGUACUAAAACAGCAUCAGCAUUUGAUUUGUGGUAUGAGGAUAGUAAGGCAGAAUUAUUAGAUGAGUUCCCAGACUUGUCUGAAGAAGACCUAACACAAGUAGCAGCAGAAAGAUUUAGAGAAUUAUCAAAAGAACAGAGACAGGAAUGGUUACAGAGAGCAAAACAGUUAAAAUCAGAGAACACAGAAAACACAGACAAUAAGAAGAGAAAAAGAGAUGAAGAUUCAGACUCUGCUUCAAAAAAGAAAAAAGAAAUUUCAAAGCCUUUAUCAUCAAACUCAAACACUAAGCUAGCUGGAUUUGCAUUCAGUAAAGAAUGAUUUAUCAAUAAAAUAGUCGAGUUUUUAAUGAGCAUUAUCAGACAAAUUUGUGUACAGAACUGUCUGAUAUAAUAUUUCGCAGGAGUAUUUCCCAUAACAAGGGCUGAAAAUGAGAUGUCUGUCAAUGUAAAUGAAAUAUGCGUCCAUGUCAUUAAUCUUAUUUAUUUCAAAAUGUAUCAAUUUUGAUAAGCUAUAACUUUUGAUACACAUGUCAUUAACUCCUGGAUUAUUUCCUGUUUAAGUUAUCUUUUCUGUUGAUAUUAUAACCUGUAAAAUUAUUUGUUAUAUGUGAACUUGAUUUUCAUGUUCUUUUUAGUUACUAUGAUUAAGUUGUAUGUGACGGUUUGAAUGGAUUUAACCCCUGGUUCAUGGUUAAUUGAAAAUGAUUUAUUUGUUCUCCUCAUGUUUUUCAGCUACUAAGGUCAACUGUAUUUGUUUUAUAGAAUCAUUGUAUUAUCAAAUUUCUGCUUGGCAGCUGUCCUUGAUAUUAUUUUCAUGGUGAAUUGAUACAGGUUCAUUGUUUUGUAUUUCCUGUUUUAAGUUCAAGACAUAAAAUCGAGCCAGUUAUUUAUAUUUUGUCUGUUACAUAUUUCUACUGCAUUUGUCUCAGCCACUAUGCUUCUGGACGUUACACAACCAGAAAUUAAUCAUAGCAACUACAUGUCAUACCUUAUUGAUACAUGACACCAAAUUAAAAAAGCUACAUCUUGGUGUGCCAUCAUGUGACACAAUUAUGACAUAAAUAAAUAGCAUUAGACAGGAAAAGGCUCACAGUGCAUAUUGUAUAAAAAUAGGCAUACAGUAUGACCUUCAUCAAUAAGACUUUCAACAUGUUAUGUCAUAAUCAAAUAAACAGGCAAGCUGUAUCAGUAUGACUGCUAUUGUUGCAUCAAAAAGUUGACAAAUAAUAGUUGUAAAUGUUGAUAUAUUAUUUAUUUUUGAAUAUUGUUAUAUUACAUAUUUUUAACAUUACAUCAUAUAUAUAUUUAAGAAAAUAUUCGUCUGUUAAAUCUGACAAGGCUGUUACCCUUGGGAACAUGAGGCCAUUUUUGAUCAAAGCAAAAUUGGCUGUAUGUUUUAUAGAAAUGUUCAAUUUUAUAGAUUGAAUUUCAGUUCCUGCAGGGUAAGGUUUAGACAGUUUUACAGCAGAUAUGUAUUUAUUGAAAUUACUGUAAUACAUGUACUAUCAGAAGUUCUAAGAAAAUAAACAUUCAUUUGUAUUCUUUA